GAAGAAGAACGUAAAGCGAAAUUAGAAAGGGAACGAAGGGAAUGCGAGGAGCGCUUAGCAAAACUGCAAAAAGCGGAGCAGGAGGCGGCACGAGCAAAACAAGCCGAAAUGGAACGGCAACGAAUGAUGCAAAUGCGAAGGACACUAGAACGAGAACGCAUGGAUAUGCUACGGCAACAGGCCCAGCAACGAAUUUUGCAAGAUGAGAAGAGAAUUGAAAAUGAACUGAUACGAUUGCAACAAGAAAAAGAGGGAUUGUACAUGUGGCAAUCAAAAAAUCAGAUUAAAUUUAUAGCGAGAAGUAGAGAGAAAUUGCCAGAAAAGGAAUGUUUCGAUUCAUUUUUUAUCAGUAAGGCUAUGCCAUCACAUUUUACACCAACAUCUCGUCUUCUCGGUUCGGCUUCGGGGAAUGUUUCUGGGAUGCGCAUUGGUGCAACACAUACGCCCGAAUAUCGAUCCCCAAGUGCUCAGGCAGUUUCACUGUUUGAUAUCGAAACGCAUAAGAGUGAGCUAGUCUGGGAAGCAACACGUGCCAAAAAAAUGGAAUCAUUCGCGAACGCCCUCAAGAAGAUCAACUCGAGAGAGCUGCUCGUUGAUUUCUUCUGGAGACAUGGAAGUGAGGCAAUUCCAGAAGCGGAACUUCCAGUCCAGUUCAAUAAAGCUGUUGCCCGUCGAACUAAUGCUAUUGGUCUAACAUCGGUAUACCAAGUGAUUUGUUGGGAUAGACCGCAGCUGCAAACAAUGUAUUGCAGUAUGUGCACCGUUUGGACCACCGUUUCCGAAAUGCUAAAACAUCUGGUCACUAGCGAACAUCGCAUUCAUUAUCUGCAGCUCAUGGUCCGGUUUUUAUCCAACACUCUUUCCAUCGGCACAUUCGCCACGCACGUUUUGGCCUUCUUUAAGACUCUGCAACUCUACUUGGUGCUUCUGAAAGCUGUGAAACAGUAUAUGCAGCAUGACAGUUGGUUGACGAAAUAUGAGCUUUUUGUGUGCCCUGCGAAUUUAUUUGUUUUGGUGUUGACGAAGGCUGUACACUGGAAGAGUUUAUGA